AUGACUUCUGUAAACCGUGUAUGGAUGGCUGCCGGCGUAGCUGUUGUAAAUGGACAUACAGAUCAAGGCUACAAACUUAAAUCCCUCCUCAUCAACUCCUUCCGACAUGGCAAGAAGGCUUUCACCUCCGAUCUCCGUCCACUUUCCGGCCUUCUAAUAUCAGACGUCAGUGUCGGAGACAAGAAGACAACACAGUCCGAUGAGUCUCUCCGGCAAGUCAUAAGCAGAGCAUGGAUGGUAGCCGGAACUGUCGGAGUAGUGGAAGCCCUCAAAGAUCAAGGCUUUGCACGAUGGAACACCACCAUCAGGACCAUCCACCACCACGCCAAGUCCAAUCUCCGAUCAAUCGCCCAGGCCAAAACCUUGACUUCGCCGGCAGCCAUGGCUUCUAGCAGAAACAUGGAAGAGAAAGCGAAACAAUCAGAAGAAUCAUUGAGAAAAGUGAUGUACUUGAGCUGUUGGGGUCCCAAUUAA